AUGGGAGGACGAAGCAAAAUCAAAACGCCCAAGAAAGAAACGCAUUCUCUUCCAAUCGACCGACAGAUUGAACAAGACAACGUCGCUCCAGAGAGGAACCCGAAGAAACAGAAAGAGAAGAAAAGAUCGAGACAACCGGAGGAGGACUUUAUCCACGACAAUUUAUCGAAUAAAAUCAUGGCCCAAGCGAGGAAACAGUUGGAAGAUAUCGAACGAGAAGAGAAAGAAGAAGAAGAAAGAGAUGCCGGCGGCGGCGGCUCCUCACAAAAACAGGCAAAAAGAAAACCGUCGCAAGGGAGACAGAUUUUAUUAGAAGGAAAGAGUUCGAUGUUAGAUCACGGAAUAGAAGAAGAAUAUGAUUCAGAUGAUUCAGAUGACGACGACGACGACAAUGGAGAUAAUAAUAAGAAUACGAAUAAAAAGAACGCGUUCGAUGAAGAAGAAGGCGAAGCUGAAUUAGAAUACGACUCCGAAGAGGACAAGAGAAGCGAGUUCGCGUACAACCUAGAUAAAGAGUACGAACACGAGGAAUACUCGGACGUCGAGUUGGACGAAGAAGACGAGCAAGCUUUGAAUGCGUUUAUGAAUCCGUUCGGAGGACAGCAACGCUCGUUGGCGGAUAUGAUUUUAGAAAAGAUUCACGAUAAAGAGGCGGAAGAGCAAGGGGCGGCGUUGGAGAUGUUGGAAGACGACGAGGACGAACGGCAAAAGAAAGCGGCGAUGUUGGAAGAGUUCGCGCCGGAAGGUAUCGAUGAAAAAGUUUUGCAGGUGUACAGGAAAGUAGGGGACUUGCUGAAACGAUACACAACUGGGAAGUUCCCGAAGGCGUUUAAAAUUAUACCGGCGUUGUCGAAUUGGGAGGAAGUGUUAUGGUUGACGAGGCCGGACACGUGGUCACCACACGCAAUGUUUCAAGCGACGAGACUGUUUGCUUCAAACUUAAACGAACACAUGGCGCAGAGAUUCUACGUAUUAGUUUUGUUACCCAGAGUGCGAGACGAUAUUCAAGAACAUAAGAGGUUACACCACGCGUUGUAUCAAGCGUUGCGAAAAGCUACGUUUAAGCCGGGCGCGUGGUUUAAAGGCAUUUUAUUGCCGUUGUGUGAAAGCAAAACGUGCACUUUAAGAGAAGCGGUCGUUUUGUCUUCGGUGUUGGCAAAAACGUCCGUGCCUGCGUUACACUCCGCGGCUGUGUUGAUGAAACUUUCCGAGUUGGAAUACGCCGGGACGACGUCGUUUUUCAUUCGCGUCUUGUUAGACAAGAAAUACGCGUUGCCGUACAGAGUCGUGGACGCGUUGGUCGAGAACUUCCUCAGAUUUGCCAACGAAGACAGAACGUUACCAGUGGUUUGGCACCAAUCGUUCUUGUGUUUUGUGCAAAGAUAUAAACACGAGCUCUCGAAAGAGCAAAAGAAACGUCUGAGUAAAUUGGCCUCGGCGCAUCAAAACCAUUACUUGAUUUCGCCGGAAAUAGUUCGCGAACUCGCAAAUUCGGACACGAGCAGAGGCGAUAAACGCAUGGACGUGCACAUGAAAGGCAUACACGAGACGAAACCAAAACAAGGCGUAGCAAGAGAGUUCACUUUAAAGACGAAAAGUGGUGCAAGACUUCAAGUUGAAGAUUUUAGAAACAUGCCGCCGAUAGUUUUACAGCAGGAUAUGGAGUACUAA